GGUGAUCCCGAUCAGACCACGCCACAAGGUGAUUGUCGAACAAUGGUAUCGUGGGAUAAAUGUUACCAUUUUGCUUCGCUUGGGACGGCUAUUGAUAGAAUCGUUGCUCUCGUUUCAAGCAAAGAAAAAAAGAACAAUAAAGGAAUCUCCCGACUCGUAUAUCUUCUUCGCUUGAUAUUUUGAAAGAAAAAAAAAAUCGUUUGCCUUAUUUCUUUUCCCCCGGAAGGAUACUAGGAUAAGGGCGACGCGUAAAUCGCACACUGUGGCGCAAUCUUGGAUCCAAAGAGAACAAAUUAAAGACUGGAAACAUAAGAUGGAAAACGGAAACAGGACCUACCCACACAAACAUGGACCAAAUACUGUGAGCGGCGACUGGGUCCAGCAGGAGGCCGACAGUGUGCCCGCGAUGAAUACGGCGUCGUACCGGGACAGAGUCUCGUGGUGGGCAGUGUUCUACAAGUCAGUUCCGAACGCCAUCGGCAUCGGGGGGAUGAAAUAUGCCUUUAACUCGUCUGAAGUCAAAUGGCGAAGAUUAUUCUGGCUCCUUCUCAUCCUGGUGGCAUUUUGUUUACUCCUCUAUCAUGUCACCAAUAGGGCGCAGUAUCUUGCCACUUAUCCUACAAGUGUGGAUAUUUAUACCAACUACACCGAUGUUCUUACUUUCCCGACUGUGGCAUUUUGCAACUACAACGCAUACAGGCAUUCCAUGGUAGCUGGGACUGAGUUAGAAGCAUUCCUCAAUGGGAUAAUGUUCGACAGCUCAUUUAUACUAAAUGCUUCCAGCACGUAUGCCUCUUUCCUUGACUCGGUGACGAUGAGCGAUCUUUUCAUUGAAUACGGCCAUCGAGCUGAGCAAUCAAUUAUUAAUGGCCGUUGGAGGAGUUCUGAGACACUGGACCAUACUAACUUUACCCUUAAGAUAACUGACUGGGGAUUAUGUUUUGUCUUCAAUGAUGCAGACAGUGGGGAUCCACCGUUAACAGUCAACCGCCCUGGUAAAGAGCAAGGAUUGGAGCUCGGGCUCAAUGUCGAGCAAUAUGAGAGCUUCAUCGAUUCAACGGCCAGAUACUCCACAGGCUUUCAAGUCCUUCUUUACGACUAUGGCACAGAACCACUCAUUACAGAUCAAGGCUUUGCAAUAGCACCUGGAACCCAUACCCACGUUGGUGUUGAAGUAACUGAGACUUCCAACCUGGAGCCCCCUUAUGGAUUGUGCCAAGAUAAAGCACUGAAGUAUUUCAAUAACUAUGGCUACCCCGAGUGUUUCAUCGAGUGCAGAUCCGAUUAUUUUUAUAACGCAUGUGGCUGCAAGUUUUUUGCUUUACCAAUGGUUACGAAUGACGAAGAGUGUACUGUCUUGGACUACUUUUUGUGUGGAGGUGAACAUUGGGAAGGAUUCGUUAAGAACCAUACCUGUGACUGCCCAGUGCCUUGUCAUGUUCGCUCCUACAAACCAUCUAUCUCAAACACGGCCUACCCUUCGGCAUACGUGGAGAGCAGGUACUCCUCUCUUUUCUCGUUUCCUGAUGGAUUUAUGCAGGACAACUUUUGCUUGAUUUCGAUAUUCUUCAAGGAGAUUAGUAUCCAACAGGUCACCCAGAACGUGGAUUACAAUUUCUUCAGCUUUCUGUGUGACAUGGGCGGUUCGCUUGGACUGUGGCUCGGAGGAAGCAUCCUAACUUUCUUUGAACUCUUGGAUUUGUUUGGUAAUUCGAUAUACAUCCACUCAAAACGUGCACCUAAUGUCAGAAAAUAGAUCUGGAGAGCUCAUCC